UGUUUCUCGUCUGGUACGGCAGUCGCUUCCUGACUUUCAGGAGAGGUGUUUAUCGUUCGUCUAAUUCCGCGACGUUGUUUGUAAUUCUUUAUUUAUUAUUAACUAGUUUUAAAAUAACUAUAUUAAAAUGUCAGAACCUUUGACACUCGAGCAAGACAUUACAAGGGCGAUUGAAUUGAUCGAUAAUUUACAAAGUCGAGGGCAGGUUCCAUCGGAUAAAAUCCUAGCGUUGAAAGCCGUACUGCAAAGUGACUUUUUACACGCUGUUCGUGAAGUCUAUGAGCAUGUUUAUGAAACUGUGGACAUUACCGGGAAUCCUGAAAUAGCUGCAAAUGCCACUGCUAAGGCCACAGUUGCUGCUUUUGCAGCCAGCGAAGGACAUGCCCACCCGAGAGUUGUAGAAUUACCUAAAACAGAGGAAGGACUUGGAUUUAAUGUGAUGGGAGGUAAAGAACAGAACUCUCCAAUUUAUAUUUCUCGUAUUAUACCCAAUGGGGUAGCAGAUCGCCAUGGUGGCUUAAAACGUGGCGAUCAACUUUUAUCAGUCAAUGGAGAGUCCGUUGAAGACGAAUGCCAUGAGAAAGCGGUUGACCUUCUCAAAGCUGCCAUCGGAAAUGUUAAAUUAGUUGUUCGAUAUACUCCUCAUGUUCUAGAAGAGAUGGAGCAACGAUUCGAGCGACUUCGUCUAUCCAGAAGGCAACAGCAUACCUCAAACUCUGGCUAAUUUAAUCCAGUUAGUUGUCCAAAAUAUUUUAAGCUGCUAAUGUUUUUAUUGAUGUUUUCUUGAUUUUGAUGACAUGAUUUUCUAUUUGAUUAUUUGUUAUGAUAUUGUUGAUGAGGGUAUGGUCUAUUUAGCUGUAUUUUACACCUCAAAAUGCAGAAAUUGAAAGAUUAUGGUUAUUCCAAAUAGUGUUGCUUCUCACAUAUGGAAUAUUCGAAAGCCUGUGUAUUCAAAAUAAUUUUUUUUCUGAUAUAUGCUCAAUUUUGCUCAGAAACUUAGAAUGGAGAAUCCAAAAUAUUACAUUGAAUUUGAAUUUUUCUUCAAACUUUGUUGUACUGAAUAUGUUUGAAAAUUUUUAAUUUGAUUCGAUAUAAUCCACUUUGGUACGAUUUGGGCUGCUUGGACCACAUCAAUAUGGUAUGAUUGAAAGAAAUUGUGAGGAAUUUCUAAUGCUCUAAAGCUAGUUAUCAUUUUCUUGAAUAGCGUUUAGUUAGACCGUACCAAAGAAUUCAUACCCACUGAAAUUAAGAAUUUGCUGAGUAAAACCUAUUGAUCAACUAAUAGGGGUAAAGUCAACUUUUAAUAAAUGCACCAAUGCCUUUGUUACUUAAGUAUAAGUACCUACCGAUAAGUAACAACUGCAUUGGUUCAUUUAGUAUCAAUUGUCAAUGGGGGAAACAGUUCUAAAUAAUCCUAUUCAUAUUGAGAAAUCAUACUUCAUUGAUUACCAAGGAAGGAGGGUAUGGUUUACUAUGGUUUACCCAUUUAGACACUUUAUUUAUGCUUUUUUUAUUCUCUGCACAUUGCGAGAAAUUUACUAAAAUAUAAAGGUGUGUAGUGAGAAGAUCUGACCAUAAAUCAAAUUCCUUUAUGAAACGAUCUGUGUCACAAAGUGCUGCUUUUAUAUUAUUUUAUGCAUUUAUGUUGCCUGUUGGACAAAUCAUUCCAAAUUACAAGGGAUCAAUAACAUCAGACAAGCUACUAAUCAUGUUUAAUUCAUAGUGUUAACCUUUUUGUUUAAUAUUUCAUUUUUUACCUGUAUGGAAAUCUAUUAAUAAUGGCAGAAUAUUCUAACCUUGAGCAUACAAUAUUGAUGCCGCUAGUCAAAAUUCUUGCUCCUCUGGUCAGAGUGACUUCAAUUUGUUUGUAUAUCAGAGCAAUCUGUAAUACUGACUUCAUAUUUACUAACCUCAAACAUUUCUUGUGAAAUUUUGACGCUCAAGAAAAAUAUUUCAAACAACUGUGCGACCCAAUCAAGUUUAUACUAUUUUCAUUUGUCUAAUUCUUCUACCAAGUAAAUUUCGAACAAACAUUUUAUUGUGGCAUUCUUGAUAAUGUCCUUGGCCUUUCUUACAAGAGUUGUAGCUAUUUCUUGUGGCAAUUACAUCCACAGUUACAAGUGCAAACUUGGCCAAUUAUGUCCUUUUUAGCUCUUAGUUUUCUAUAAAAAAUUUACUAGGUGCUUUCUUGACUUCAUUUCUAUAUCGUAGGUGCGAUUACUCAAUUAUACCAAUUUUACAUUUUAAAAUAUUUAGAAAUAUUUCUUUUUCCUGUUUUUUUGUUGUCUAUCAACUAAUGUUUUUGAGCCUGCUGUUUAGGAUUGAAAUUCAAAAUUUCUAAAUCUAAUGAUUUCAUCCCAUCGGAAAAAUUCUACUCAAAUUCACAUAAUGAUGUCUAGAAGUUCUUUCAUAUGUUCAAAUACACAUACAAGUGCUGUGCCAUGCCAAGGCUAGUUUUUUUAAUGAGGACAAUAUUCAACAAAAUACUAACUUAAAAGUUUUUUUUUUGCAAUUUCAUAGAAUAAUUAUUGAUAAAUGUCUAAAAUCAAAGUUUCAAUAAUUUCAAUUAAUAUU